UCUCUCCGUUUCUCUCCCUCUCUCGCCUGUCAUUUGGCCACUGGUGGCCCCCAGAGACGGAGCCUAAUGUCUGGCCGCAGGGUGGGUUUCUGUCUCAGCGACAAGAAGCGCAAGAGGAUGAACCUAGACGCGUUUGCAGAGCUGUGUGCGCGUCAUGGGGUGGAAGUGGUGGAGAUCGACCUUAGCCAGCCGCUGGUGGCCCAGGGGCCCUUCGACGUCAUCGUCCACAAGUUAUCUGACGUCAUCGUGGAGGCUGACCGUGACAGCCAAUCACAGCAGCUCCUCACCAACUUCCAGAGUUAUGUGUCAGCCCACCCCAGUACAGUUCUUCUGGACCCACUGCCUGCCAUGACUCAGCUGCUGGACCGCUUCGCCUCCUAUCGGAUCAUGAACAAGCUGCACAAUUCACUCCGAGACUGGCGUAUCUGCAGUCCUCCCUACCUUGAGAUCCAUCAUGCCAGCGACAUUUUGACCAUACAGCAGGCUAUGGUGACCCAGGGCCUCAGCUUCCCUCUCAUUUGCAAGACAAGGGUGGCCCAUGGCUCGCAGUCCCAUGAGAUGUCUCUGAUCUUCAGUGCAGGGAGUCUGGCAGAUGUCCGUCCUCCCUGUGUGCUCCAGAGCUUCGUCAAUCACGGUGCCGUUCUUCACAAGGUGUUCGUGGUGGGAGACAGACACUUCUGUGUGGAGAGACCCUCGCUGAAGAACUUCCCCUCCGGACCCUGUGACAGGAAGACCAUCUUCUUCAACAGCCACGAGGUGUCCAAGCCUGAGUCCAGCUCCCACCUCACAGCACUGGACGAGCAGAUGCCGUGCCUGCCGCCUCCCAGCUCUGAGGCCGUCGCCGCCCUGGUCAAGGAGCUCCGAGUUCAGCUGGGCAUGGCGCUGUUUGGCGUGGACGUCAUCAUCAGCAUACACACACACACCCUCACUGUCAUUGACAUCAACAUCUUCCCAGGCUACGAGGGAGUCCCCCAGUUUUUCUCCUCCCUGCUCUGCCACAUCGAGUCAGUAUUGGACAAACAGACUGCUGCUAGCCCCCAGGCUGCUGGAUCCCCUGAAUCAACACAAGCCACGGGUAGUCCAUCUGCUCAGACGGCCAGCCUUUGAGUGCAGCCUCAGGAGCAGAUCACUGAUUCUGCGGCGCCUCAAUGGCCUCCGGAGACUCGAGAAACACAAGUCGCUCUUCUGCACAAGCUCUUCCACUGGGGACCAAAAAGGUUUCACAGUAACAGAUUUAGCUAUAUUCCAGACUACUUCUACAACUACAUCUACCUUAACUGUCCACCUAAGCCUUACCCAAACAAAAUUAAUGACAUUUGUGAUUUUGUACAAGUAAGAGAUGCUGCUCUUUUUAGGUGUAAU